AGAUGGACCAUAAUGGUCUCAGCCGUCCCCUAGCGGGACAAGCAAAUUAAAAAAAAAAAAAAAAAAAUUUAUUAAAUUUCUUUCAGUACUCCGGUGCGGAUAUUUGUUUCGGGUUUUUUGUUGUAUAAAUCAACACUUUUCAGAAGAAUUUAACCUAACUAUGACGCUACAAACCAAAGCCCAGGUGCAGCAACCAGCAAACAACGCGAAUAACAAUAACAACAUCCCGUUCGAUCCGUUCAACGAACCGCUGCUGGCCACCGGCGGUUACGAUCACACCAUCAAAUUAUGGCAACCAUACUCGGGCCUGUGCUACCGGACCCUGCAGCAUACCGAUUCGCAAGUCAAUGCCUUGGAUAUAAUUCCAAAUGGGACGAUUCUGGCGGCCGGGGGUUACCAACACAUCCGACUGUACGACAUGAACUUCAGCUAUCCGGUGGUUAACUUUGAAUCAGUCACCAAGAACGUUACGCGGGUAGGUUUCCAGGAGGACGGCAAGUGGAUGUACACCGGAGGAGAGGAUUGUCGGGUGCGCAUUUGGGACAUGAGCUCGCAGGACCCGGCUUGCAAGCGAAUGUUCGACUGUUUGACUCCAGUGAAUGCCGUUUGUCUGCACCCGAACCAGGUGGAGCUCGCAAUUGGAAGUCAGGGGGGAAGUGUUUAUCUGUGGGACGUCAAGUCGGACAUUCACGAACAGUUGAUUCCGGAGGUGGAAGCGUCGAUUCAGGACAUUGCCAUCAGCCCGAACGGAGCGUUCAUGGCUUCGGUAAAUAAUAAGGGUAACUGUUACAUUUGGAGUUUGCGGAAUGCUGCGAAUAGUGAGACACAGUUGACGCAAACCGAUCCGAAGCUGAAGAUUGAGGCUCACAAGAAGUACGCGCUGCGGUGCAAGUUUAGUCCGGAUUCUAGUUUGCUGGUAACCUGUGCCGGAGAUGGCACGGCCAAGAUCUAUCGGACGGAUACGUUUCAGCUACAUGCGGAGCUGAAGAUCGAAAAGUAUUGGAUGUGGGACGCAGUUUUCAGUAACGAUUCGAAGUAUCUUUUUACAGCGUCUUCGGAUGGCCACGCACGGUUGUGGAAGAUUGAAACGAAAUCAAUCGAACGCGAGUACCACGGACAUUUGAAGGCCAUCACUGCGCUAGCUUUUCGAGAUGGAUCAACGAAAACUUAAAUUGAUCGCAAUAAAAGUAUAUCUAGCUGUUAAACUGUAAGAAUUAGGAAUAAAAUCCUCAUUAAAACUA